AUGGAAGGGACGCAGAAGGUGUCCAAAAAUGCACUGAAGUCAAAAGAGAUGGAAGUUCAUGACUCGUCUAGCACUAAUGGGCAAGAUGCAGCUGAUACGAGCUUGGUCGCUAGCGAUAAGGAAGAACAACCAGUUACGGAUGAAAAAGCAGCAUAUACGGAUUUUCCGGAGGGAGGACUGAGGGCAUGGCUAGUUGUUGCAGCCGCCUCGAUGAUUAUGGCGAUGUCUUUCGGUAUGGUGAACUCGUUUGGUGUUUAUCAGACGUAUUAUGAGCAUACCUAUCCCACAGUUUCCAGUAGCAAGAUCUCAGUUAUAGGAUCCAUCCAGGGAUGUUUCACAUUCUCGCUUGGUGUUCCUUCGACGGUUUGCAUGUACUAUGUGGGGCCGCAGAUGAUGGUUCUCAUUGGCGGAAUAUUGGCAAUUCUAAGUUUUAUGUUUCUAUCGCUCCAGAACGCAGUCUGGCAGCUAUUUGUGAUUCAGGGAAUCAUGUUUGGUCUAGGCUCGGGCACAAUGUACAUUCAUGCGACGGGAGUUCUUUUCCAGUACUUCAACAAGCGGAAAGCAUUGGUCCAGGGGAUAAUUACUGCCGGCGCGUCGAUCGCCGGCGUCUAUUGGCCGAUCGGCGUUCGUGAACUUAUUGACAAGGUUGGAUUUGCUUGGGCCAACCGGAUUAUCGGCUUUCUCUAUAUUCCGAUGACGUUGGCUGCGGUUAUAUUCCUCAAGCCAAGGCUUCGUCCGGCUAAACGGAAGGAGGGCCAGAAUUUCCUGCGGUUGGAUUUCUCUGUGCUCAAAAACUGGAGACUCCAGUUGAUUUCCAUGACAUUUUUCAUUUUCACGCUCUCGCUUUUCCCUGGUCUUUUCUAUGUUGAUCUCUUUUGCCGCCGGCUAAACGUUGCACCCGCUCUUCAGACGUACAACGUGCCUAUAGUGAAUGCAGUUGCAUGCUUUGCGCGAAUUCUUCCGGGCUACUUGGGCGACUAUUUUGGUCGGAUGAAUGUUGAUAUCAUAUUUCUAUUGGCCACGGGUAUUCUUCCGUUGGCCUUAUGGACAAAUUGCAACGACACAGCUUCAACUUUGGCCUUCUGCAUUACCUGGGGAGCUGCUUCCGGUGGUCCGGUGUGCCUAACACCUGCAAUUGCAGGACAGAUAUUGCCAGGGAAGGAGCUAUCCUCGUGUCUAGCGUAUUUCUUCUUUUGUGGAGGAAUUGCCGCUCUAAUUGGACCUUCCAUCGGUGGAUCGUUUAUUCCAAAGGGAGAAGUUGAUGGAAUUCAAGGAUUUGAUCGUCUUGCGAUCUUUGUUGGUAUUCUGGGGCUUGUUUCUGCGGGUACAGUGAUUGCCCUAAGAAUUUCAUACACCAGGAAGUUGUUUGUGAGGAUAUGA